AUGGAUAUCCUUUGCCCCAUUGUUUCCAAUAUCAAAGCACGCAGGGACCUGGCAAUGCUAGUACGGACUCACCCGGUGUUCUAUGACCUAGUCAUCCCGCGACUCUACUCCCGCUUCGAGCUCAAUUGGCCAGGGGCGCUAGGGCAUCCUGAGAUUCGCGAGGAAUCCGGCUCCGAUGCAUUAACCCGGGGCUUGUCGACUCUCUGUAUCGGGAGCAGUUUUGCCCGUACCGUAAACAGGAGCCGUACCAUUCCCGGCGAGCAACAACAUCAACAGCAUAGGCUUCCGGACAACGACUUUGCCAAUGGUGAGCUGUUAAGUAUCCUCGUCGCUGGCGCCAUCCGCAAGAUGGUCAAUUUGGAGACCUUCGUCUGGGACAUACCAACCGGUGCCUCGUCUUGUAUCUUUGAGGCCUUGUCCUCGCUCGCCCACCAGCCCGGGAACGACUGUAAAUUAAGCAACGUAUGGGUGCGUUGUGACGACAAUACCAUGCGCCGGAGGCUAGCGGGCCUCCCGGGUCAUUCUGCGGUUUUCAAGAGAUUCAAUCCAGGUAUCCAUUCCAUGACCUAUCUUGGACACCUUCCAAGACCGCAUGAGGACCUCCCGCCCCCCGGGGGGCCAGUUCGCUACUCUGAAUACCAUUGCGAAUACCCGACCUUCAGCGUUCUCCCACCUCUCAAGAGGCUGACCGUCACCGAUGUUGACGAGCUAGGCUACUUGGACGAGAUGGCGACCUUCAUCGGACGCUCCAAGGAGACCCUGGAGGAACUCACUGUCCGCAUUUCUGAAAAGGCGUCAUUCCAACAUUUUGCGGAGCCGUAG